AGUCGUAUCUGGUUCUUUAGUUCCCACAAUUCCCAGUGGCGUAUACAGCCGGAAGUAAAAAUUAUAGAUCUUUCUUUUGUACAAAAAUCGUUAAUAAUCUGCAGAAUUUCUUUCGUUUAGUAUUUCCUUUAUUCAACUAUAGACCAUAGGCCAUGCUUACUUUCGCCUUGUAACUUGUGUUAAUGUGAGAAGUCAUCAAACUCGACAAAGCUCUUGAUACAGACUUUGGAGCAGGAGUUGAGGAUUGGACCGUGUGUUGAGUGUGUAGAGGUUUCGUCACUCUGGACAGGGGCGGGACAUACCUGGGGCCAAGGAUGCCCACUGGGCAGCCUAUGACUAGUCCCAUGGUGGACAGAGAACAUGGAGGAAUGAGACAUACCCCUUACAUGGGACAACCUGACUACAGGAUUCAUGAGCUGAAUAAACGACUACAGCAACGCAGUGAAGAGAGUGAUAACCUGUGGUGGGAUGCCUUUGCGACUGAAUUCUUUGAGGAUGAUGCGAGUCUGACUCUCUCCUUCUAUCUGGAAGAUGGGCCAAAACGUUAUACCAUUGGUCGAACUCUGGUGCCACGGUACUUUCGGAGUAUAUUUGAGGGAGGAGUAACAGAUCUCUACUACAUACUGAAACACUCCAAGGAGUCCUUUCAUAACACUUCAAUCACUCUGGACUGUGACCAAGCCACCAUGAUAACCCACCAUGGAAAACCAAUGUUUACCAAGGUUGUGACAGAAGGCAGGCUUAUUCUGGAGUUUACAUUUGAUGAUCUGAUGCGAAUAAGAUCAUGGCAUUUCCAAGUUCGCCAACAUCGAGAGCUGAUACCAAGAAGUGUUAUAGCCAUGCAGCAGGACCCUGCAAUGGUGGAACAAAUCUCCAAGAACAUAACGAGGCAGGGAUUGACAAACUACACUCUGAACUUCCUGCGGUUGUGUGUGAUCCUAGAACCUAUGCAGGAAUUAAUGUCUCGUCAUAAGGCAUAUGGUUUGAAUCCAAGGGACUGUCUCAAAACUACAUUAUUUCAAAAGUGGCAACGUAUGGUUGCACCCCCAGGGAAGGGUAAACCAGAAAAUCCAAGGCAGGCAGGAAAGAGAAGGAAGAGGAAAUCCUCGGCAGGCACGGGGGGUAACAUGAAUCCAGGUGGAGGAGGUGGAAAGAAGAGGUCCCCUGGCCCACAGGGCAUGCCGCCAUCAGCUCCUGGGGAUGUGAUGGUUGUCGGAGAACCCACACUGAUGGGAGGGGAAUUCGGUGACGAGGACGAGAGACUGAUCACACGUCUAGAGAACAGUCAGUUUGAACCAAACAAUACUGAGGAGGAUAGCAAAGACUUUCAGAAUUCUCCUGCCCUUCAGAGUCCCUGGGGUCAGGACAAGAAGACCCCUACUGGGGGAAGUAGUGGUGCUGGCACCCCAGGGGCUGUACAACCAGCAAAUUCAGAGGAGACAAAAGUCAAAGUGGAGUGAUGGAUGUAAAACUUGUUCAUGCUCUACCAUUUCUAGAGUGAAUUUAUUAAGUAUGGUGUUGACAGUUGCAUUUUUAGCAACAAGGACCCCCGUACCUAUGUUGUAAUUUUAUAAACAUAAUAUUUACUGGAUCAGAGUUUAUUUAACAAGUUUCUGUGGAUGGGAACAUAUGGUGAGAAAUCAAACUUGACAAAACUUUGGUGUUGUUUUUGAUACAAUGUAUAUUUACAGAAGCUAUUGAUUGUGGAUGGAAUUCUUAUGUUUUUAUUGUGGAAGAAAGAAUUCAUAUAGUUAAUGCAUUGAAUAUUAAUUAGAGAUGAUGGCUUUUAAACUUACCGAGUCCUGGCAAACUUGGGAACUCCUACACAUAAGUGCUAAAGUAGAAAUAAAUGAGGACUGUUAAAUCAUUAUUAUAUGCAACUUUUUUGUAAUCUGCAUUUUGAUUGUCUAGUGCAAUGCAAUGAAGUUUAAGACAGAUUUAAAAUACUUAAAGCUGUUGAUUGUGACGUCUUGGUAGAAUAGCACGAAAAACGUCAACAUUUCACGACUAGAAGCAAAAUCAUAUUAACUAAGGCAGAAACGUCAAUCAAAAUGCUUAAUUGCAUGAGGAUAAGAAUAACCAUUACGUCAUGUGUUAUUUGCGGCUGUUAAUGCCACUAGCUCCUCUGCAACAUAGUUUGUCAGACUCAGUUUGCAGUCGUUAAAUCAGCAUUAUUAAUUAUUAGUAGUCUUUAACUGCUUGUGGGAGUUUUCAUGCUAUGGAAAUAACUCUGAAUUCAGUUUCUCAAUGAACAGGAAGUAGCGAACAAAGAUAAUUAAUGACGAACUUUUCAAACUCAGUAAUAAACAUUUCUGAUGAAUCUCCGAAAAUUGGACUCCACAAAAAUAGUGAAAAUCAGAUUAUUGUAAUACCACUUGUAUCUUUUUUUUUUAAAUUGAAGUAUACUUUUAAAUGAACACUUCCAUGAUAAAUGUUUGCAGUAGUUUGUCUGGUAUUACAUCUUCGAAAGCAUGGGGGUAGUUUGCCUUAUCCACCUUGCUUCCAUUAGCAAAUGAAACAUUUGUUGCAUUUUGUAAAUUUAUCUGAUGUAUUUUAGUGUCAUGCCGAGGUGAAAUGUUGCUUAUUUAUUAUUAUGUCCACCUGCAAUGUAGCAUUUGUUUAUUGCAGCGUUUUUAUCCAGAAUUACAAACUUUUUGUCAGAAACGGGAAAGGUUUACUACAGGUGAAAAAUGAGGAAGGCUAGAUGUCUGACUAGGAAAUACAUUAUUAAGGGGGACAACUGUGGGACUGAGUGAACAUGAGCGACAGGAAAAUGAGAGAUCUUUGGAUAACUAUUAUACAUGUAUGUGAGGUACAUUCAAUACUUUAGGAGAGACUAUGUGUUGAAGGUUUUGUAUUGUCCCAGGCAACUUUUUAUAGUUAAUUUUGUUUCCAUGUACAAAAAGUUGAUCAGCAACCUUUUUAAAAGGCAGCUUUAAUAUUUAUUUCAUACCAUACUAAAUAUCCUUCAUGAGAUCUGCUCUAUUUAUCUAAUUUAGAUGGAUUUACUAUUAUUGAAAUGCUGCACAAAUGAUUUUCUUCAUGAAGUACAGCAGUUUUUGCUUUUAUCUUUUAAAGAAAAAUGUGUAAAAAUUUGCAAUAUUGUUAUAGAUCAUGAAAUUUAUACUUUUAUUCAAUAUAGUAGUUUUUUCUUCAUAUUUAUACAUUUUGAUCUAUAUAGGUAUUUCAUUUUAUUAGUACUUAACUACAUUAUCUAUAGUCUUCAGAUACUAAAUUCUGAUGCCAGCAAAACAUUUUUUACAUCACAUGUACAUGUAUUUCAUUGAGUGUUUUAAAACAUAACAAACAACUUGAAUGGAAGGGAAAAUGGAAUUUUAAUUUUUUUUUCGUUGUCUCAGUAAAUAUGUACUUCAAUGUAACAUUCACUGUAAAUAACCUCAGUAUUUAUCAUUUAGUCAAUAAAAAUUCAAGACUGUAA